CCCUCCACGACACCGAGAUGAAGGACACGCCGACGGGAGCUGGCUCGCAGCUCAUCAAGACGCCAUUGACCGAGUUGUUCGGCAUCAAGCAUCCCAUCACCCUUGCCGGUAUGAACGUCGCAGCCGGCCCAUCCCUCGCUGCAGCCGUCACUAACGCUGGCGGCCUCGGAGUCAUCGGCGGCGUCGGCUACACGCCCAAGAUGCUGCGCAAGACCAUUGACGAGCUGAAGGCUGAGCUCAAUGACAAAGACGCCCCCUUUGGCGUCGACUUGCUUCUCCCCAAGGUCGGCGGUAACGCGCGCAAGACCAACACCGACUACACGGGCGGUAAGCUCGACGAACUAGUCGACAUCAUCAUCGAGGCCAAGGCGAAGCUCUUCAUCUCGGCCGUUGGUGUCCCGCCCAAGGAAGUCGUCGAGAAGUUCCACGCCGCCAAGAUCCCCGUAGCCAACAUCAUUGGUCACCCAAAGCACGUCCCCAACGCCAUCAAGGCAGGAUGCGACGUCAUCAUCUACCAAGGUGGUGAGGGAGGUGGACACACCGGUGAUGUACCCCUCUCCAUCCUCGGCCCUCGCGUCGUCGACCUCUGCCGCGGCCACAAGUCGCCUCUGACCGGCAAGCCCAUCAUUACCAUUGCCGCCGGUGGUAUCUGGAAUGGCCGCUCUCUCGCCUCGGCCCUCAUGUACGGCUCCGACGGAGUCUGGGUCGGCACCCGCUUCGUCGCCUCCGUCGAAUCCGGCGCCCCAAAGAAGCACAAGGAGGCCGUCCUCUCCUCGACGCACGAGACCGACGUUCGCACCAUCAUCUUCACUGGUCGCCCUCUCCGCGUCAAGAUGACCCCUUAUGUGCAAAAGUGGGAGAGCAAGCCCGAGGAGAUCAAAAAGCUCACCAGCCAGGGUAUCAUCCCCGUCUACCACGACCUCGAAAAGGACGACGAGGAGGCAGAAAAGGGAGCAGCGGAGCGCUACCUCCUUGGCAAAUGCGCGGCCGUCAUUGAGGACAUCAAGCCAGCAAAGGAGAUUGUCGACGAGAUGAUGGCUGAGGCCGUUGACGCUCUCAAGCACGGGCACGGUCUCCUCUCCAAGCUCUGAGUGCGAGAUGAGAUUUGUGGAACGAUAUUGUCUACGUUGACACGCGAAUGCUGUGUUACGAGACAUGCUGAUGUUGUGCUCCAUGGAAAUGCGAAUGUAUUUGACUGUGACAACACGCGACUACUUGCGCUUCUUCCCCGCACCGCGCCCCUCGCCACCACUCUUCCUCUUCUUGGCCGUACUCUCCUCCGCAUCGUCCACGCUCACGCCGUCGCCGCUCUUUCGAAUG